UCCCGUUUCCCCCCCCCCGGAGAGUGGAAGCAGCCGGAGCUCCACCCACUCUCCCCUAGGGCACGGCAGGAGAAGGUUUUUAGGAAUUGACUCGCGAUCUGAAUGCUGAUCUCGGCGAGACAGAAUAAAUCCAAGCUUCAGUGAACAAUCAGGAGACCAAUUUAGAUAAAAGCGAUUUCUAACUUCAAAAGGCGGGGCCAAGGGUAGCGCCGAAACUGUUUCCGGCCUCCGGCCGCUAGGAGGCGCUGCCUUAUAAAAAUGGCGCAUGUCUUGUGAGUCUGGGAGGGGCAUUACGCCGUGUUUGGCGACGGCGCACUCCUGAUUGCUACCAGUUCCCCACGUGUGUUUAAUGGACAGGGGUAGCGAACACCAUGCCCAAGAUCAAGGAGUCUCGCAAGGCCGGAAGACAGGCAAAGCAUGCCCCGUUGGCGGACCAGAUCUUGGCAGGGGACUCCGUCCAACCCGGAGCCCGGGAGAAACGGAGGAGCCGAGGCCGCGGGACGGAGGAAGAGGAGUACGUGGAGCCCCGGCUGACCCGGCGGAUCCUGCAGCAGGCGCGAGAGCAGCAAGAGGAGCUGGAGGCUGAACAUGGGUCCGGUGACAGGACAGCUCCGAGAAAAUUCACCACGAAGCUGGGCCCAGGAGCCCAAGUUGGUGAAUCAGACGGUGAGGAUGAGGAUGAAGAGUGGCCAACCUUGGAGAAGGCAGCAGAAAUGGUGGGAUCAGGCUUUGACUCGGAGGUAGCUGUCAAUCCUGAAGAUGAGCGUGCCAUUGAGAUGUUCAUGAACAAGAAUCCUCCACUCAGGCGAACACUGGCAGACAUCAUCAUGGAGAAAUUGACAGAGAAGCAAACAGAAGUGGAAACUGUUAUGUCUGAGGUAUCAGGCUGCCCUAUGCCCCAGCUGGACCCUCGGGUUCUUGAAGUGUACAAGGGUGUCAGAGAGGUGUUAUCCAAGUACCGGAGUGGCAAACUUCCAAAAGCAUUUAAAAUUAUUCCCUCUCUCUCCAAUUGGGAGCAGAUCCUCUAUAUCACAGAACCAGAGAGCUGGACUGCAGCUGCCAUGUACCAAGCCACCAGGAUAUUCUCAUCCAAUCUGAAGGAUAGGAUGGCCCAGCGCUUCUACAACUUGGUGCUUCUUCCUCGUGUGAGGGAUGACAUUGCUGAAUACAAACGCCUUAACUUUCACCUCUACAUGGCACUCAAGAAAGCAUUGUUCAAGACUGGGGCAUGGUUCAAAGGGAUCCUCAUACCUCUCUGUGAAUCUGGUACCUGUACCCUUCGUGAGGCUAUCAUUGUGGGCAGCAUCAUCACCAAGUGUUCCAUCCCUGUUCUGCACUCAAGUGCAACUAUGCUGAAAAUUGCAGAGAUGGAAUACAGUGGGGCCAAUAGCAUCUUCCUACGGCUGCUGCUGGACAAGAAGUACGCAUUGCCCUUCAGAGUACUGGAUGCCUUGGUCUUCCACUUCUUGGCCUUCCGGACAGAGCAGCGAAAGUUGCCUGUUCUUUGGCACCAGAGCCUGCUGACCCUGGCUCAGCGCUACAAAGCUGAUCUGACCACAGAACAGAAAGAGGCCCUGCUAGAGCUUCUUCGCCUACAACCCCACCCACAGCUGUCCCCUGAAAUCCGGAGAGAGCUGCUCAGUGCUACUGCCCGUGAUGUAGAAGGACCUUCUAUGAAUAUGGAUUGAGGUUCUUGAGGAUUUGUUUCCCCGGUUUGGUAGAGAAAGAGAUGAUGACACAAGAACUGUUUUAUGAUCUUUUUUCAUGGCUCCUAGGACUGUGCGACUUGGGGGCAUCUACAGGACAAAACUGAAAUGCGUUGAUCUUCCUGAUUAGACUUGAAUUAUGGUGGCCUAAGUGCCUGACAGAACUUCUUCAGGUUCUAUUCUGUUCUAGAACCUGGCAAGUACUGUUACACCCUGACUAGGUUUGUCAUGGAAGAAUAGUUAGCUGAAGCAAGUGUGUGCUAGAUGUGAACACCAAAAAAAGCUGU